AUGAAGUCUUUUGCCCUCUUGACAGCCUCUGCGCUGCUGGGCAGUGCCUCUGCGGAGGUUCACAAGCUCAAGCUUAACAAGGUCCCUCUCAGCGAGCAGCUGGCAACCCACAACAUCGACGCUCAUGUCCACAGCUUGGGCCAGAAGUAUAUGGGCAUCCGUCCUGAGCGACACGAGGAGAUGUUCCAGGAUACCGGCUUCAAGCCCAAUGCUGGCCAUGAUGUCCUGGUUGACAACUUCUUGAACGCCCAGUACUUCUCUGAGGUUACCAUCGGAACUCCUCCCCAGACUUUCAAGGUUGUCCUUGACACUGGUAGUUCCAACCUGUGGGUUCCAUCAUCAGGGUGCAACUCCAUCGCUUGUUUCCUCCACAGCACGUACGAUUCAUCUUCGUCCAGCACAUACGAGAAGAAUGGUACCGAUUUCGAAAUUCGGUAUGGUUCUGGCAGCCUGAGUGGUUUUGUUUCUCAGGAUACGCUCCAGAUUGGCGACCUGAAGGUCAAGAACCAGGACUUUGCCGAAGCAAUCAGCGAGCCCGGCCUGGCCUUUGCUUUUGGCCGGUUUGAUGGUAUCCUAGGUCUGGGAUACGACACCAUCUCAGUCAACAAGAUGGUUCCUCCUUUCUACAAUAUGCUCAACCAGGGUCUGCUGGAUGAGCCCCUUUUCGCCUUCUACCUUGGCGAUUCCACCAAGGAGGGAGACGACUCUGAGGUCACCUUCGGUGGUGUGGACAAGAGCCACUACACCGGCGAGAUCACUACCAUUCCUCUGCGCCGCAAGGCCUACUGGGAGGUCGAACUCAACGCCAUUAAGCUUGGCGAGGAAUCUGCCGAGCUUGACAACACUGGUGUCAUCCUUGACACUGGUACUUCUCUCAUUGCUCUGCCCUCUACUCUCGCUGAGCUCCUGAACAAGCAGAUCGGAGCUACCAAGGGCUUCACUGGCCAGUACAGCGUCGAGUGUGACAAGCGUGAUUCUUUGCCCGACCUCACCUUCACCCUGAGCGGCCAUGACUUCACCAUCACUCCCUUCGACUACAUCCUGGAGGUCUCAGGCUCUUGCAUUAGUACCUUCAUGGGUAUGGAUAUGCCUGAGCCCGUCGGUCCUUUGGCCAUCCUGGGUGAUGCUUUCCUGCGCAAGUACUACAGCAUCUAUGACCUCGGCAACAACUCCGUUGGUCUUGCUAAGGCUAAAUAA